ACAAGUCAUAUUUCUAAUUACAAACGUGGCCGAAAUUAAUCAGUUUAGAUCAAGGGCAGAGAAAUCUUCACCUUUCUUCAGCAGACCAGAGCGAUGGAGAGACAUGGAGUUUAUUUAUUGUUGCUUUCCUUAGCAGCAGUUUUUCCAAGUUAUCGAUGUACUCUCGGUAAUUGCCCUAGAAAGAUUAGUUUACCCUGUCUGAACAGCUUGAUGCACACCAACACACUAUUUCCCCAAGAAGAAUUGAUAGCCAACAUGGACGGUUAUGACUCCAUAUGUGAUUCUUCGGACCCUAAGGGAUUAUUUUUUGUUAUUCAACGUCGCUAUGCUGCUUCUUCAGUCGAUUGGAAUUUAGACUGGGAAACGUAUAAGACAGGUUUUGGUUCACAGUGUGGCGAUUUUUACCUUGGGAAUGAAAACAUUUACCAGCUGACAGUAAAGGCGUCCUACCUACUAAGGAUCAAAAUAGAUUUUCAAGACAAAAACUUCACUUACUACUACUCAGGGUUUAGAUUAGGCAGUGAAGAAGAAAGCUACAGACUUUCUUUAGGCAUUACCGAUAGUGCUAAUAAAGAUCUUCUUGAACACAAUGGAAUGAAUUUUUCCACUUAUGACAGAAGUGAUCCCAAUGGUUGCGCCUGUUUCUACACGUCAGGCUGGUGGUACAACGCUUGUUUCAAGGUCAAUCUGUUCGGAGAUAUGCAAAGCACAGAAAAUUCGUUUGGUGCCAUCUGGGAGUCCAUCACAGGCUACGGCAAAUCUCUCAAAUUUACGGAAAUGGCUAUUUUGAGUCAAGGAUAAUUGUUUCAACAUAAUCAAAUGAAGCACUGCGCAUGCGCUGACUCUCGUACAUAACAACAUUAGGCUAUAGACAUUGUCUAAUUCAGUUUUACUCUUUUUAAAAUGUUGGUUUGUUUCUUGUGAAACUUUUGAUAAGAGUUCAAUGAUCUAAAUUGAUGGAAAUGAUAGUGUUUUAUGUUUGCAUGUUUGUAAUUUAAAUUACAAUGGAAAGUCUAAAUUAAAGAGUUACUACUGCUGUCUAAA